CACUUUUACUAAAAUAUGGUCAUUUAAGACAGGUAUAGUGAGGGGUAAGUUAAUCUACCUGAUUUUCUCUGUUUAAAAGCUACGGUUCAGUCAUUUCGGGCCAUUCUCACAUAUUAUAGUACAUCAAACUUGUAGAAAUUUGGAUUCUUGAAAUUUAAUAUUACAGACAUGCCACCGAGAGAAUACUUUGAAUUCGUUGUACUCCGUAUGACAUAUGCUCCUUAUAUUGACCCGUAUUAUCCGCGUAUCAGUUUGACACGAAAGCAGCAAUCACCUAGUGCAUCGAUCGUAGAAAUAAAAGAAUGGUUUGAUCGAGUGAUGACUCGUGAAAGAUCAAAGCUACCGCUAGGAGCCAAGCAUCGUUAUACAGAGUGGCGGAUUAUUUCGGGUAAUGCUAAAUUAUUUUACAUUGAUGAAUUUCGCUUCGAUAAAAUAAUUGUAUUCAUGGGAGAGGAAUCAAACUAUUGGAUGUUUUACGAAAAUGUAGAACGUCCCCGACGUGUUGUGGGAAGUGGUCGAAUACCACUGACGUAUUGUGGCUGUUGUUUAAGUAACCAAUAUAUAUCAGUUUUAGAUACAAUAAAGAUUUGUUUAGCGAAAAAGCGAUAA